AUGCGGAAGCAAUUGAAUUGCGAUAGCAAGCUGAGGGUUGCUCAGACCGCAGCAGGUGGCGAAGUGAAAUCAAGGAAAGUGGGAUUCAAGUAUAAGCUCAAAGAGAAGGGCGAUGAAUAUUCUGGUAGACAUUGCGAAGAUCGAUGGCAAUUUCGAAAUGAAUUGGAGCGGAUCCAGUCAUGCCUUUGCAUGAGCGAUGUUGGUGUUAAAAUAGCAGUCCAUGAACAUGGGCAGCAACUGUAG